UAAAGAGCAUUGCGAAUGAUGCCUGUAGUAGAGAACUACGCCAACCCAAAGACAUGUUUCUUUCACGUUAUUUUCAAGGCUGCUGCUUUGUCAUUUUACAUAUUAUCUGCUCUCUUCUUCGAUAAUUUUGUCAUCAUUUUUGUGGUGACGGUCUUCCUUGCUGCUCUAGACUUUUGGGUUGUGAAAAAUGUGAGCGGGCGUAUCUUAGUGGGUUUGAGGUGGUGGAAUGAGAUAGAUGAUAAUGGUGAGAGUGUUUGGAGAUUUGAAUGCCUUGACCAGGAGUCAUUGGCGCGGAUGAAUAAGAAAGAUUCGUGGUUGUUCUGGUGGACUCUUUACCUUACAGUAAGUUCACAUGUCAUGACUCGUGCUCGUUGA